UGUCACUUACCUCGUACUGUGGACGAAAUGGCUCAAGCGAAAGAUGUCAUUCUGAAAGCAGCACAAAGGCCAGCCUUUGCAAAAGAACUGUCAGCCAUCCAAGCAAACAAAGUGGUGUCCACAAACAGCUCUUUGCAUAAGCUCAGUCCAAUCUUAGAGGGCAGUCUCAUCUGUGUCGGAGGCAGACUAAAACAUUCUCAACUUUCAUGUGAAGAAAAGAACCCAGUAAUCCUAGCCAAGGUCAGUCACAUUUCCCUAUUGCUCGUACGACAUUAUCACGAGCAGGUGGACAUCAGGGCAGACACCUCACAGAAGGUGCAGUAAGAGCAGCUGGACUGUGGAUUUUGGGUGGUAAAUGACUGGUCAAUUCUGUCCUCCACAAAUCUAUAAUAUGCUGGAAGCUGCGAGGGAGAAUGGAAGAACAACGCAUGGCUGACUUACCGCCAGAACGUCUCAAGAUCUGCCCUCCUUUCACGUAUGUUGGGCUUGACGUCUUUGGGCCUUGGUCCAUUGUUACCAGACGCACCAGAGGAGGACAGGCAGAGAGCAAACGGUGGGCCAUAAUGUUCAGUUGUUUGAGUUCAAGAGCUGUCCACAUUGAUCUAAUUGAGUCCAUGGACGCAUCCAGCUGCAUAAACGCUCUCAGGCGUUUCUUCGCUCUCAGAGGCCCUGUAGUACAACUCCAGUCUGAUUGUGGCACUAACUUCAUUGGAGCUAGCAAGGAGUUUGAGAUGGACGAUACUGUGCAGAGGUAUCUCAACAAACAAGGAUGUAGUUGGAACUUCCGACAUCCACAUGCUUCCCACAUGGGAGGCUCAUGGGAACGGAUGAUCGGUGUUGCCAGGAGAAUCCUUGAUUCAAUGCUCUUGCAGCAAAAAAGUCAUCUAAUUCACGAGGUGCUGUCAACACUAAUGGCAGAAAUCACAGCGAUCAUCAACGCACGUCAACUCCUGCCUGUGUCCACAGACCCACAACAACCUUUCAUUCUUUCACCAGCCAUGCUCCUCACACAGAAAUCAGGAGUUCCACCUCCUCCGGGAGAUUUUAAGGACAAAAACCUUUACACAAAACAAUGGAGGCAAGUUCAAGCUCUCGCGAACCAGUUUUGGAACCGUUGGAGCCAAGAAUACUUACCAUCCUUACAACAAAGACAAAAAUGGACAGUGACAUGCAGAAACCUUCAGGUGAGGGAUUUGGUUCUCCUCAGGGACAAACAGGCUGUUCGCAACUGCUGGCCCAUGGCCAUAGUCACGGCAACCUUUCCUGGGAAGGAUGGACAUGUGAGAAAGGUUGAGAUUAAAACGACCAACCAAGGCGACGCAAGAACCUUCCUCAGGCCAGUCGCAGAAGUAGUUCUUCUUCUGACUAAGGACUAAGUCAAGGACUGUUGUUUUGGACCUCCUCAAGUUCAUAAUGACCUCACAUAGGCCAGACGGGGAGUGUGUUGCCCCUAAGGCAUUUUCAUAAUUUAUGUUGUUUACUUUGAAAAGGUUAAUUUGGAUGUGAUGGAUUGUGGGUAGCAAUUUUAUUUUGAAGUUCGAUUUCUGUGACAUCACUUCCCCAUGCGCAUUUCCUUCUGGUUCCUCCGUGAGGGAAAACGGCACGUUGAAGACCGACGCACUGUGAUGCUUUUCCACAGCCGGCACUUCGAAACAUUGUUGGGCAACGCCGUGAGUGUGUAUAUUUAUCAUGAUAACAUGUUGAAAAGCACAAAUAGUGGUUAACACUUGUAUUUAUUUCUGGUUGUGACAUAAUGCAAUAUGUCUGCAAAAAUAGAUAAUUGUUCUGUUUUGUAUUUUUUUAUAAUACAGUUUUCACCGCUUG